AUGGCUUUCCUCGGACGCUACGCCGGCAGUCGCAUCCCCGUCCUCCGCCCGCCACCGUUGCCACCCAGUGGCCAGACGAUGCCCGUCGAUCCCAACGACCUGCCCGUCGAUUUUAACCGCCUGCGACUCGAGGACACCGACAACGACGAGCGCCUGCCCUCGCGAGUGCCCGUGGCACGCUUACUACCCACGCCGAUUGGACACGAGCGGGCGGUGGCAAGAGCCUCGCCGAACCCUGCGGCGCAACGCGGUACACAUGCCAUUGGCGCGAUGAUGGAAACACCACCGUACCAACCGCUGCCACGGGAAUGGGAGGAUACGCCACCUACCCACGCAGCGGCAGUGGCUAGAGCGCAAGCCCCGCGCUACAUGCCCACUUAUGCCACUCUCCCGACAGAGACCCCGCCUUACCGGUUGGCCUCCCAUGGGUGGGAGGACACACUGGGCGCACAAAUGUCGCAACUGUCCCUUCGAGGAGGCACCAGAGGGCGAAAGAUUCGAACGAAACCUAACGAACCAGCGCUCACACUGCAGCAACGGCUGGAGCAGGCGGCGCUCGCGCUCGUCGAGUCGGACGAGGAGGAGGUGCAAGAAGACGACGCUGAAGUAUCGCCCCAGCCCAGCCCAGCCCCGCUCUUGGAGCAGGCGCCGCUCCCCGCCGUCGAGGAGGAAAGCGUAGAGCCUGAGGAGCCCGAGAUGUCCAUGGACGAGUUCUUCCGUGAGGCGCUCCAGAUUCUGGAGGAGCACUAUCAAGCGGAACUCCUCAAGCCCAGCACUAUCAAUACCAGUCCCAACACCAACACUGGAAAAGAAAACACCCCCGCCCGACCCGCGUGGUGGGUGCCAGACAGCGACAUCGUCCGCGCGUAUGCGUCGCAGAACGACUACUCCACGAGCCCAAUGCGGCCGCGCUACCCUCUGGACAACACGUACCAGCCGAACCCCGAGUCGGUGCUCGCGCCGGUCAACUGGCUCGAGCCGGAGCGUGGCGACCCAUACGGCGGGUUUUAUACCCAGAAUCAUGAGGCGGAAAUGCGCCGGUGGCCGCAGUAG